AUCCAGCUCGAUUCGUUGCGGAGUGCUCGUUUAAAUAACACUCGAAAGUCCCGACUGGACGUGAUCUUCUUUAAUCGUAACGCCAAAGUGGGAAGUGAGGCAUUGAUGCAACUUACCCAGACCAUGGCGCCCAAUAAUAAUCUGACAGUGGUGACCAAGGGCAUUCUGCAGAGUAAUUCCCGCACCCGAUCGCCUCCAGAACGAAUGGUACAGGCUCUUUGGAUUAACGAGCUAGAGGCGGGCACUAUAUACAUCGAACAUUGCAAUUGGCUGGAUUUCCACAGAUAUCAGCUACCAAGACCCAUCUACAUAAACCUGGUUCGAGAUCCGGUCGAGCGAAUGAUCAGCUGGUAUUACUAUGUUCGCAGUGGCUAUCGCAGUGCUAUCCACCAUCGUCGAUUUCCCAAUGCCACUAUCAAAUCGGAAACGUGGUUCAAAAAGAGCUAUAACGACUGUGUUCGCAGCGGAGAUCCCGAGUGUCAAUACAUCCCUGGAAGUGUUAAAGAAACUGAGGGUAAUUACAAGAGACAAUCCCUUUUUUUCUGCGGCCACAGUCGUGAAUGCUUGCCCUUCGACUCUCAACAUGCCAUUCAGCUAGCCAAAUUGAAUGUGGAGCGGGAUUAUGCGGUUGUGGGUACUUGGGAAGAGACCAACAUUACCCUAACUGUCCUCGAAGCCUACAUUCCAAGAUUUUUCAAAGGAGUCAGGGAUAUCUUUGAGAGUAGGUCUCGUCUUACUUCCAAUUCCAAAUCCAUAAUACCUUGA